AUGGAGGGACUUGGACAUCACCAUAUCGCUGUGAAUAUUGAUACAGGUGGUGAUAGGUUUCCUCAAUGGAGUAUUCAAGAGACAAGGGACUUCUUGAUGAUUCGGGCCGAGCUCGAUCCAACCUUCAUGGAAACCAAAAGGAACAAACUUCUCUGGGAAGUGAUCUCAACAAAGAUGAAGGAAAAGGGUUACAAUCGAAGCGCUGAACAGUGCAAGUGCAAGUGGAAAAACCUCGUUACCCGAUACAAGGGAUGUGAAACAAUGGAACCAGAAAGUAUGCGGCAACAGUUUCCGUUCUACAAUGAGCUGCAAGCGAUUUUUACUGCAAGAAUGCAAAGAAUGCUAUGGAUUGAAGCUGAAGGAGGGGCAAGCGGGUCGAAGAAGAAAGCAGCACAGCUAUCUUCCGAUGAUGAGGAUGACAACGAUUACAGUGAUGGAGAUAAAGGAAGCAGUAAGAAAAAAAGGAAGCUUAAGGGUAAUAUUAACCCUGGUACUAGUAGUUCUAGUAGUGGAAUUAUCAAUAGUGUGAAGGAGAUUUUAUCGGAGUUCAUGAAGCAACAGAUGCAAAUGGAGAUACAAUGGCUAAAAGGUUAUGAAGCAAGAGAAGAGGAGAGAAGGGUAAAGGAGAUAGAAUGGAGACAAACCAUGGAGGCCUUGGAAAAUGAGAGGAUUAUGAUGGAUAGGACUUGGAGAGAGAGAGAAGAACAACGGAGGAGGAGAGAAGAAGCUAGAGCUGAGAAGAGGGAUGCUCUUAUUACAGCUCUUUUGAACAAGCUUAGAAGAGAAGAUAUGUAGUUAAGCUCUUUGUUUUUCUUGUGCUAUUAGAAGAGGAAAGCUAUGGGAGAGGUUUGUCUUGAAACUCUCUCAUCUCUGAAAAAUUUUGUUAUAUGGUAUCUGUGAGAUGAUCUCCUCCUUUAAACUUGUGCAAUGUUAAAUGAUUC